UAGAGAAAGCACUUCUUUUUUUUUUUUUUAUCUAAUUGCGAUAUUUUAUGGUUAAUUAAUUCGUUAUCUUAAGUUAGGUGCUUAUAUCGUUUGAGGUGUGUAACUGUAAUGAAUUGAUCGUCUAAGGUCUCCGCUUUCUUGCAUGUGUUGAUAAAUUGCUUACCUUCAUCAAUUGUAUUAAUUGUCUCUUCGUACACGUGUACAUGCAUAUAUGCGUGUUGCUUGUCUCUCUCAUGUGUUUGUUGCUGAGUUUUUAUGCAUAAAGCAAUCUGGUGCUUUUUAAGCUGUGAUUUUAGCGUUAUAGUUGUUUACAUAUAGUGCCUUAUAUAUAUAUGAGUGAGAGAGAGAGAGAGAGAGAGAGAGAGACAGUAAAAAAAAAAAGAAUAACUUUAUGCUCUUUGACAUAUGUAGAGAACUCAGAAAUUGAAUUGUUAGUGCACUUCUGCCGUUGCUUCUGUUAUUGUUAUUAACAGAACGUAUGCAACUCUUAUCUUGUGGUUGAUGUGACACCACGGUCUACAAUAUGUACGAGUCUUGGGAAAAUUCAAAUUGGUCUUAUGAGCACAAACCUGGAGUGUUUUAUCUCUGUUGUAUUUAAUUCCACGUGAUAUAUAAUGGAUAACCCACGAUCAGCUUCCGGGAAUGGCGAGGAUAAUGUUGGUAUUCCAGAUGAUUUACGUUGCAAGAGGUCUGAUGGGAAACAGUGGAGAUGCACUGCCAUGUCUAUGCCAGAUAAAACAGUUUGUGAGAAGCAUUACAUCCAAGCAAAGAGGAGGGCAGCCAAUUCUGCUUUGAGAGCUAGUUUAAAAAAAGCUAAAAGGAAAUCAUUGGGUGAAACUGAUAUAUACUUGGAGAGUAAGAAUGAUGAUUUCGAUACGCCACUCGCGAGCAUGAAGGUGGAGGAUCAUCCCCUUUCAAUUUCAACAAAGAAGUAUAAAGAGAAGACAUCAAAAAGUCAGGUUCAGUAUUCGCCUGAAACACCUGUAAGGAGUCUGUCUAUGCGCAAUUCUCUAAAGCCAAAUGAUGAUUUGCAAAGAGAUCCAGAGUUUGAAGAGAAUUGGAGGUCGUAUAAAACACCAACCCUUUCUGCAAUGGAUUCAUCCAGGAGUAGAUCACAGAGGAGCUUUGAUGCCAGUGCUAUGACGGAAUACUCUGAUGGGAAUACAAAUUCCUCUGAAGAUGCUGGAGGGCAAACUUGCCAUCAGUGUCAAAGAAAUGAUAGAAACAGGGUAAUUUGGUGUCGCAGAUGUGAUAGGAGAGGCUUUUGUGAUAGCUGUAUUUCUGCAUGGUACUUGGACAUUUCACUGGAAGAAAUUGAGAAGGUUUGUCCUGCAUGUCGUGGUAUUUGUAAUUGCAAGGUGUGCUUACGAGGGGAUAACAUGGUAAAGGUAAGAAUACGAGAGAUACCUGUUCUAGACAAGUUGCAAUAUCUCUACUGCCUACUGUCUUCAGUGCUUCCUGUAGUUAAGCAGAUCCAUCAUGAGCAAUGUUCUGAAGUAGAAUUGGAGAAAAAGCUUCAUGGAACUGAUAUAGAUCUUGUCCGGGCCAAAUUGAAUGCAGAUGAGCAAAUGUGCUGCAAUAUAUGUAGGAUACCCAUCAUUGAUUAUCACCGGCACUGUGCAAAUUGCUCCUAUGAUCUGUGUCUUCAUUGCUGCCAAGAUCUCCGGGAAGCAUCAGCAUGUGGUGCAGUAGAUAAUCAAAUGGGUGGGGGAAGUCAAGACAAGGAGGCUGUGCUGAAGCAAGUGAAGAAAUCCAGACAAAGACUUAGUUUAUCAGAUAAAUACCCUGAAUGGAAGGCAAACCAUGAUGGCAGCAUUCCUUGCCCGCCAAAGGAGUAUGGUGGCUGUAAUUAUUCAUCAUUGAAUUUAAGUCGCAUUUUUAAGAUGAAUUGGGUCGCAAAAUUGGUGAAAAAUGUGGAGGAAAUGGUCAGUGGCUGUAAGGUCUGUGAUGCUAGCACUCUGCCAACAUCCGGGUUAAAGGAUUCUGCACUCUAUCUGUGUGCUCACAGGGAUGAUAGUGAUGAUAAUUUCUUAUAUUGUCCAUCAUCUGAAGAUAUUAAAGCCGAAGGGAUAAAUAAUUUCAGGAAGCAUUGGGUCAAGGGUGAGCCUGUGAUUGUGAAGCAGGUAUUUGAUAGCUCAUCCAUCUCAAGCUGGGAUCCAAUGGUUAUAUGGAGAGGAAUUCGGGAAACAUCAGAUGAGAAAUUGAAAGAUGAGAACCGAAUAGUGAAGGCAAUAGAUUUUUUGAACUGGUCUGAGGUUGAUAUUGAACUUGGUCAGUUUAUAAAAGGAUACUCGGAGGGGCGAAUAUGUGAAGAUGGUUCGCUACAGAUGUUGAAGUUGAAGGAUUGGCCUUCCCCCAGUGCUUCUGAAGAGUUUUUAUUAUAUCAGAGACCCGAAUUUAUCAGUAAACUGCCCUUACUUGAGUAUAUCCAUUCAAGGUUGGGUCUUCUAAAUGUUGCUGCGAAGUUGCCUCAUUAUUCCUUGCAGAAUGAUGCUGGACCGAAGAUUUAUAUAUCUUAUGGGACCAAUGAGGAACUUGGCAGAGGUGAUUCUGUGACCAAUCUCCAUAUCAAAAUGCGUGACAUGGUAUAUCUAUUGGUGCAUACACAUGAAGUGAAGCAAAAAGGUUUCGAGGGGAAUGAGUCACCCGAUGAAGAUACGAGCUCGGGUGAGGGAAUGUUGCCUGACUUAUCACUUAGUGGGCACAGUGUACAAACUGAAACAGAGGCACCUGCAGAUGAGGUUGAGAGAAUGGAGGAAGAUCAAGGAGUUGAAACUCCAACUAGAGUUGGUAAGGUGGAGAGAAUUGAUGAUCAAAGGGCUGAAACUAAUACUAGAAUUGAAGAUGUUGAGAGAAUAGAGGAUCGAAAAUCAGUGGAAGGAAGUGAAGAUAUCUCUGCGGUGACUCGUCCAGGAGUCCAUUGGGAUGUCUUUCGCCGGCUGGAUGUUCCAAAAUUAAUUAGUUAUUUGCAAAAACACUCUAAGGAUUUCGGGAAGCCUGACAAUGUAGGAAGUCCAUUGGCGAUACAUUCUCUUUGUGAUGGAGCAGCUUUCCUGAAUGGGCAUCAUAUAAGUAAAUUAAAGGAAGAAUUUGGAGUUGAGCCAUGGUCAUUUGAACAGAAAUUGGGGCAAGCUGUCUUUGUCCCUGCUGGAUGCCCUUUUCAAGUGAGGAAUCUUCAGUCCACCGUUCAGUUGGGUCUUGAUUUCUUGUCACCUGAAAGUGUGAGCGAGGCUGCUAGGUUGGCUGAGGAAAUACGCUGUCUUCCAAAUGACAACGAAGCAAAACUUCAAGUUUUGGAGGUUAGGCAAAGGGAAUUUUCCUUAAAUGUGGGAAAGAUUUCUCUGUAUACUGCCAGUUCAGCCAUUAAGGAAGUCCAGAAAUUGGUACUCGACCCUAAACUGGGAACAGAGAUUGGAUUUGAGGAUCCUAAUCUAACUGCAGCAGUUUCCAGUCACUUGGAGAAGGUUUCUAAGCAAAGAGAGAUAGGCUGUGCUUGAAUUAGACCGCAGUAACUGUAAUUUAGAUGUAGGAAAAUUAAUUUCCAAAGUAUCUGCUGUGGUGCUUGACGGAAUUUAUAAAAUGUAUAAAUAUGUUAAUAUGUAAUAUUGUAUCAUUAGCGCCUCUCGAGUUAUAGCUGUAUGAUAUUCAAAAUCAGUGCCAUGCAUUUGAGACAUUUUGGCACUUGUAAUGUCAUUCGAGAUAAAUGAAAUAGAAUAGUUUCAGGUCA